AUGCCAGAGUUCAGAGGAGCAGAUGAGCUAGAGCAGCAUAAGACCACACCAGGUGUUACUCCUGACACUUUAUUAGGUCGCCUAAGAGGGACCAGAGUCUGCUGUCCAGAUCAGAUGAAGAUGGAAAUUGCAAGAGCACACUUGAUGCUUGCAGCUGUAGGCUUUCUCCUGUGGAGCAGCGGUGGCUCUGCUGCACCCAUGGAGUGCCACUUCGACUCAAGAGCACGGUGUGUGUUUGAGGGAAGACACUUCUCACUGGGUGAAACCUGGAUGGACAACGCUUGCAUGCAGUGCACGUGUCUGCACCCGGUUGGCGUCGGCUGCUGCGAGACGGUGCAUCGGCCAGUAGAUUUCCCCGCGUGGUGUCAGGUACGGGUGGAGCCAGUGACCUGUAAAGUGACCCUGGUGCAGACGGCUGAUCCUCGUCUGCCCUGUUUCCCUGGUGACCACCUCAAGGAUCCCAGUCAUGGGUCACUUCCUCUUCAGCAGCAGCAGCAGCAGCAGCUUCAGCAGCAGCUGUUUGAGGGGUAGAAACUAUAGAAAGCUGCUAAACUCAGCAACUAUCUGUUCAGCCUGUUUGCCUGUGAAACCAUUACUCACUUCAUCUAAAUAACAGUAACUAUUGUCAUAUACAUACUGUACAAAUACAAAUCAUUAACAGCAUAUAUAAGUUUCAGUGAAGGAAAUGUGACACUUGUCUGUGAAGGAAUAUUUAAGUAAGACCUCAGAAUUUUCCAGCAGAAAUCACCGAACAUGAUGCUUCAAAUAAACAAAUUUAGCAUUGACUUUUCAUUAGAUAAAAUGCCCUUUUCAGGAUCAGUCUACGUGUGGUCAUCAUAGGCUUUAAAGUAGAGGAAACCUUCACUUUAAUAUUCAUACUGGGAGCUUUUUGUGCUGAAGAUAUAAAAGAUUUGUACAAAAAAACUAUGUACAUGAUGCCAAAUGCCAGAUUAUUAUUAUUAUAAGCAUAUACCGUGUCAUACACAAUCUACUGAAUUUGACCUGUUCUCUGCUGUAACUCAUUUAACCCCAAA